UCAAUGCUGCCCAAUCUCGUGGGGCCGUUAUCAAUUCAGACAUGUGCAGCCACCGUACGGAGUAGUAGCCCAUCGCAACUUGGAAGAGCCCGCGGGCGCUAGGCUUGCUUGCAGUCCAGGUCAUUCCGGUCCACCGUACCAACCACCUCCGCAGGUCCGAUACCGAUACACCAGAGCAAUUAGAAGCUACUACCUUAUUGACUAUAUUGCACUCAGUUGACCUCCUCUUGCAAUUUAUCAAGCCGGGACAACAAGCUCCCAACCAUCCUCCCAAUCCACCAGCAGAAUGGGAUUCUUCUCCCGCCUCCUCACCCUAUUCGGGUUGGUCUUGCUUGCCCAUGCAGGCUACUCCGCCCACGAACACACCCUCCUCACCAGCAGCACCAGCAGCUCCCGCCUCAACCCGCUCCACUCUACCACCACCACCACCACAACAACCACGCACCUCCCGCCGGACAUCAUCAUCGAAGCCCUGGUGUCCUUGAUCGUCGUCUCCGUGGGCCUCGUCCUGGGCACCGAGAAACUCAAACCCAUCAGCUGGAGCGAAUGGGCGGGCCAGAUCGAGCGCGAGGGGAAAGGGCGCCAUCCGUAUCGGCGGUUGGAGGAGCGGUAUGGGUUUUGGGAUGUCAGGGCGAAGAGAAAGGAGUUUGCGGAUUGGAUCCGGGGCACGGACUUGGGGGAGGUGGUUGAGGAAGUUGAGAAGAAAUGAUGCCCUGUCUCUGGGUUGUUGUGAGGUGGAUGGGAUUGGGCUGGGCUUGUGGGGGAGGUUGUGUUCCCUCGGGAUCAAGCAAAAGGCAUGGUCUGGGUAGGUAGAUUAGGGAAGAGGGUUAUUGUAUAUUAUGGUUUCUUGCCUAGGAGUAAUCGAGGGUCGUGUGGUUGGUUUGCCGGUUUCUUGGUGUUCGAUGGGCUGGUUUCUAUACGGGGCUACUGUGCUGUCCCUAGGCUUGGUUUGAUGGAGUUGAGGCUGGACUGGUGAGCUGGGAUGGGUUUGUUUCUUCUCUUCUCUGCUGAGCAGUUAGCUGAGAACUUCAAGGCUUCUUGACUUACUAUCCCGGGCAGAGGAGAGGCGUGCGAGCACUUUACUUUGUAUAUGUCUACGUGCUUCCCCCCCCCGGGCGCCAGUCGACGCCCAGAUUCAUCCUAUAAGCGCCUCAAGCCUGCCUCAAACCGAAUACGCACUCCCUCGAUUCUUCC